GCGUUAGCGGUCGGUACUACCCGAGACCCGAGUGAUCGUUGUUCGUCGGAUUGACGAAAAAUUACGCGCCGCGCGCUUAUUGCUAAUAACGCUAGUUUAUGUUUUGUGUAUAAUUUUUAGUGAAUAUUUGGUGUUUUAAAAUUUUAUAAAAAAAAAACAUAUUAAUUUUAUUUUAUGUAUUUUUAACCGUUUAUUGUGGAUCAUAGAGUAUUUCCACUUGUCACCUUCAAAGAGCGGUAUGCGACGUCAUGAUUUUCGAUGAUUAGUUACUGCAAUCUAUGACCUGGAGCACCCUCUUCACAGAGAGCGUUUGUAAAUUCAGAAAAAUACAUUUUUAGUGUUUGAAAAUAGGUGCACAACGGCAGCAUGGCUGCAAGCAAAAGUCGCCACUGGUGAAAAAAUGACCUGUGCAGACAACUACCACGAAGUUCUCCUCUAUCUUGAACAAGCCGAGACUGACAUCGAUGAAAGCUUUGAAAAAAACGUUGCAUCAAAGAAACACUAUGACUUUAAACGAUCCAACGAACUACCUAAAAUCGAGGAAGAAAAUACCAUAUCUAUUAGGGACUCCUCCCUAGCACACUUUUGCGUAGAUGAUUCGAAAUCACAAGCAUCAGAUCUUGAAGACAUCAAGUUUAAUUUACAGAUGUUACUUAAGCUUAAUGAAGCAAUAAGAUCUGAUCUUUCUGAACUCUUGGCACAUCACGAUGAUGUGAAUGAUGAUGUGUUAAAUUUAAGUGACUACAGAUUUUGCAGAACCGUCAACCGAAGAGACAGACAUAGAAGGGAUGACUACGAGUUAGAUGAUGAUGAAAAAGGGUUUACUGAGAUUGAUAUGCUGUCUGACCUCGAGUCACAGUCAGAAAUCUCCACUACCAUUACAUCCCAUGCAGCUACUCAAACGUCCCCAUCACCUUCAGAGAGUUCUACAAAUCUCACAUGGGCAUCAAGUUCUCCCGGCUCUGAUACAGAAUCUUCUGAGAGUGAUCUUUGGAGAAAUGCCUCGCCUAUUUCAUACAGAAGUUCAAGACGAGUUUUGGCUAGCGGGAAAUCUAACUCUACACCUGUACUAAAAAAAUUAUCACCAUCACUGGGGGUGAGCAGGCAGUCCCGAUCACAGUCCGAUCGACAUUUAGCCGAAAUUGAAGCAGCUGAGGCGUGCAAAUGGCUGCGUGCGACCGGAUUUCCACAAUAUGCACAGAUGUACGAAGAUAUGCAAUUUCCUAUCGACAUUUCCCAAGCAGCCCAAGAUCAUCCCUUAUUAGACAGCGACGUAUUGCACUCACUUUUUCGGCGAUUACAAAUACUUAAUAGUUGUGCACAUUUACACCAGCAGCGUGUAACACAUACCGAUGAAUCUGAUGAUGAGCACUGCGCAUUAAGCGAAAAUUGGACCUAUCAACGCGAUGUGCGCAGAUGGAGUAGAACCUGUACAGGUCCAAUUAAUAUUGAGGAUAUCAGUAAGCGACUGGAAAUUAGUAGUUUGUCAAGUCAAGAUAAAGAUGACGUUUUUGAAAAAUGCACACAAUCGCCAAAGGAACGGUUACGUAGAGCGGGAUCUAGUAAAUUCAGACGACGUAAAGAUGGAGCAUGUUUAAGCGAGCGAGAUGCUACUUUAGAAUCAGUUUCACCGAUAGGAAGUUUAAAAACUUUACAGCUAAAUCAUAUUUCUGACACUGAAAUUACACCUCACCAUCACAGUAGGGUGAGAACCAAAAGUCUUGAUAAAAGUGAAGGUUGGGUAGCUCCACCAGCGGUAGAUAGGGUAAUAUGGCAUAAGGUGGCAUCAGAAACAGAAGCUGGGCAAUUUAAUGUCAGUGAUGAAGCUACUGAGGAGUCAGGGGUUGAAAUUUGUUUACAUAAUGUUUCAGCAACUCAAUUCCAAAUUUUAAAGAAGCUUGCGCUGCUAAAACUUACUGCUCAAAUGGAAAAACAUUGUCCUUCUCAUAGAACAGGCCGAAACUGGGAUUUACCAAAACUUAUUAGAAAAAUAAAGGGGCCUGCUUACAAAGAUAAAAACGUAUUUGGCGUACCACUGACAAUAACAUUACAAAGAACGGGCCAAGUAUUACCAAGGAAUAUUGAAGAGGCGUUACACUGGUUACAGCAAAACGCCGCCGAUCAUGUUGGGAUUUUUCGAAAGCCGGGAGUUAAAUCGAGGAUUCAAGCCUUAAGAAAUGUUGUUGAAACUAGUAAUUGUGUUGAUUACUCUACUCAGCAAUCGUAUGAUGUAGCUGAUAUGAUAAAGCAAUAUUUCAGAGAUCUACCCGAAAGACUUCUAACUAACAAAAUGUCCGAGACCUUCAUUCUUAUCUUCCAAUAUAUUCAACCUCAGCUUCUUCGAGAAUCGGUUCUUUGGGCACUUUUACUUAUGCCAGACGAGCACCUAGAAGUAGUCGAAGCACUUCUUUACUUUCUACUCACAAUUUCUAAGCAAUCUGGGGUCAACCAAAUGAAUGAGAGUAACCUUGCCAUGUGUUUUGCUCCAUCACUUUUUCACUACUCUCAGGUCUAUAAGCAAAAUGUUGGAUCUCCUCACCCCAAGGAGCUUGCAGAAAAUAAAGCAGGAUAUGAUUGCUUACAUUUUCUCCUAACAAAUUUUAAUAAUUUAUUUAAGAUACCCCAACACUUUAUUAAGCAAUGUAAGUCAAACGAGAUCAAGGUCACAAAGGCGAAGCUACUAAAUGACUUAGGAAGCGAGCGGGGAGGUUGGCGGGAAUACUUAGGUGAAUGUCAAGCAAAUUUACUUAAAGAGGUAAAGGAAAAGCAACGAGGCUGGUAUUCAGUACCAAGCCAUCACGCAAGAGUAGAAGUAUCAUACAAGAAAGUCGCAGAUGGAAUACCUUUACGAUUAUGGAAGGUAAGCGCAGAGAUAGAUGCACCUCCUUUAGAAGUACUUCACCGAAUACUUCGAGAAAGGUACGUCUGGGACCCAAACCUGCGCUCCGCAAAAACCGUUGUUCAAUUGGAUUGUCGAAGUGAAGUCUUUCAGUUUGUCCGAGCAAGCAUACCUCCCCGUCCAAGCGAGGAGUAUUGCGUAGUGCGUACGUGGCGUACCGAUCUGUCAAAGGAUGGUUGCCUGCUAGUUGAAACGUCUGUGGAGUACCCUGAAGCUUUGCCUGCGCCUAAUUCCUGCAGAGGUCUAGUACUAGCCUCACGUUAUCUUGUGGAGCCUUGUGGUUCGGGGCGAUCAAAGCUUGUUCACUUGUCAAGAGUAGAUACUAUGGGCAGAUCUCCGGAAUGGUACCAAAAACACUAUGGGCAUUUACAAGCGCUCUAUUUAGUAAACAUUCAAAAUUCUUUUUCCGGUCAUCAAAAUACUAUGGGGCCGGAAAGCAAAGUCUAGAGCGUAACCAAAGACUGUACAUAUAGUACCAAUAAGUACCAUUAAACUUAGUUUAAUGUAGUUAGUGUUUAACUAGGUAAUAUUUUAUUUUUAUAACAAAAUUUUCUGAAUAUAAAUUAUAUUUAAUAAAAAAUCUACAAAUCUACAAAAUACAGAGCGAAAUUGUACAUUUAACUUAAUGAACACAUUUAUUUUUUGUUUUAAUUGUUUUUUUUUUAUUAAUAUGGGGUGAUCCAAAAAAAAUAUAGGACAAAGUAAUGUGUAUAAUAUUCUUCUUAUUUGAUCAUGCUCUUAAGACCUGUCACACCUGUGAAAGCUAUCCUCGAAACCGCCCUUAAAGCGUUCGUCGCAUUAGUUAGUAGGUCCCUUGUUUGUACAUCACAGUCAGGGUAAUUUAAGCGGCAUAUUUAAUUUUGGAAACAGCCAAACGUCGCAGAAAGCUAUUUCUAAAAGGAGGCUGAGGAAGCUGUUAAGUAUCAUAUUUUGUUCAAUAUUGCAGCACGAAGAUCGCAUUUGCUGACGCGGUAUCGUGGUAAAGCAGCCAAUUACCGCUUGCUUAAAACCGUGACUGUUUUCUUCUUGUUGCGUCACAGAAUCUUUUCAUAACUUAAGAUAACAUUCCUAGGGUACUGUAUAAAAAAUAUAACUGAUGAUGCAUCUAAAUGUUUAUUGUCGAAGGACGCCUAGAGCGUGGAUGACUAUCAACACAUCAAUAUCUUUCAAUCGUUUAUACCACUCUCUUACUUAUGUGCUUAUAUUCUUAUCUUCAAAUACUGUCUGCGUUAUUUCGGUAAUCUUUGCAUAACUCUUUUCGAGUUAGUAAAAUUUAAUACAAAGUUGUAUCAAUUUUUUUUCUCCGUUUUUUUUUUCAAAAUGCGAUGGACGCAAAAAAGAUACUAGUAAACAGGCGCACGGUAUUUACACACCAAAGGUUUGCUAGUAUUCACACAUUUCGUGAAUAUUAAUUGUUACGCCUUACAAAGAUCGCUUGGAGGCGCAGAGAGGUAAAACUAGUUGGAUAUUUUUGAAGCAGGCAUACCAGGCAUGCUUCCCGUAAAUAAUUGAAGGGACCACAAAAUAUCUCAAAGUUGAAAAUUUGCGAAGAUUCCCAAUGUUUGUUAUGUAUGAUUGGAUCACCCUGUAUAAAUUUAAACCAGUUAAAUGUUACUAGAAACAAAAAUACUGAUUUUUUCGAUAAUAUAAAUAUACUUGAAUUUGUUCUAAAUUGUAGACUUGCACUAUAUAUAGCUCAUUAAUACUCGGGUUGCGAUAUGUAUGUCAAGCGUUAAAUUAUGUGGUAAGAGCGAAAAUGUUACCGAUUAAAAAAUAGACAUAAUUUUAAAAUAUUGAUAUGAUUAUAUUAAAUAAAUAUGACUAGGUAUGUCACUUAAUUAUUUUUUCAAAUUUUAUGAUAAUCAAAUUUAAUAAAUUAGACAUUAAUAUAUUUUUAUAAAAUUAAUAUCUUCUAUUUUGAAAUAUAGUUAUAAACAUACGCAUAUUAAAAGCUCUAUAUUUGUUUUUUAUAUUAUUACGUACAUAAUUGUUUUUAUCCCGUUUUCUAUUCAGUGCCUAACACGCAACUAACCGUUUUCUGUAUAUUUUAGUAGAUAGGUUUAGUAAUUAAUAAAAGUAAACAUAGUAAUUAUUUGUAUCAUAGUAAUUACAUGUAGAUAUGCAAAAUUCAGGGUACUAUCGUAAAUAAUAAUAAAUACUUUCUUUUGAAAUAAAAAAAAAAAUAAUCUGGACUAAAUUUGUCGUUACCAUAGUCAUUAUUCCAUAGUCAACAGUUAUUAAUAUAUACCAGAGUAGCCCAAAUUCGCCAUUCCAAUGGAAAACCAUGUAAAACUUUUGUAAUUCUAAGCAACAUCCUGCUAUGCCGACUCUAUUUGGUGUGUCAAAAAGGUGCUGUCAAAGUUUAAGGGGUUUGUUUAACUUUUGAAGGACACCGCCCAUAUUUCUCUCCUUCAAAUAUACUUUUUUGUAGGCUCAUGUAUUAUUUUUCUAAUUAUGAUUUUCUGUUUACUUAUACGUGAAAAACUCGUAUUUCGUAAGGAGGAUUUUUUUGUGAGAUGUGGUCUUGUAAGAGCACACAUGGAAGUGUAAGAUAUUCGGUAGCCAAAGAGGCUGUUAGGCUCGUUUUGAAAUAAAUCCUAAAAGAGCCAAAAUCUGAAUCUCCAAUGGCGGCUGAAUUGAGAAUUUGCUCCAUAGUUAUUUAGAACGUUGUUCUUAUAUUACAAACACCAUAACAAAAAUAAUUAAUAUUCUGAUUAAUAAUCUUCUUUCGUUUAUUUCCAUGUCAUAAUUAUACAUAAAGGAUAUUUUGGUAAGAGCGUAAGAUUUCAGUGUUCAAUAAAACAUGGUUUUCUGUAGCCAAAGCAUUAAAAUAUUUAUUGAUUUAGAAAAUAUACAUUUGGGAUUUAUGUAUAAAACAAAACAUCUUCUAAAUCCACCACGGCUUUGGUGACAUACAUAUGUGUACUUUUUUUAACGAAAAUUUCAAUUAUUGUAUACAUGUGGAAGUGUAUCAUUGAUGCAGAGUCUAAUUUCGGUUUUAAAUGCUUCGAUGGUUGGAAGCUUAUUAGCAUAACCCUGUGACUUCAGAUAAUCCUACCCCACAACCAGAAGUCUAAAGGCGUUGAAUCGUCGAGGACAACUCUGGUCACCAAAUCAGGAAAUGCCCGAUGAGGAGCAGAUUGGUGCAAGAUCGUUAAUGCUUUACGAGUGGUAUAACAUUCGGCACGGUCCUGCUGAAACCACAUACCGUCAAGGUCAAUAGCUUCCAAAUGAGGCACAAGAAACUGUGUUAUCAUAGCAUGAUUAUAUUCGCUAUUCACCGUUACUGCGUAACUUCGUUUUUAAAGAAAAACGGUCCAAUUAUUCCUCCAGAAUAUAAUGCACACCAUACAGUGACACGUUGUGGAUGCAUUGUUUUCUACAGCGCAUAGGGCUUCUAAUUGACCCGCCUUGCUUCCACCGAGGGUUACCAAAGGCCAAUACCUUUGAAAAAAGCAAUGAGGCAUUUUGGUUUGAACGACUUAAUGUUGCUGGGUAAGCUGUAGGUGUUACACAGAUAUUUGAACUAUAAUACCUAUAAUACCUAUGGUGUGAAGGUGGCAUCUUAAAUGCAGUGUCCACCUGUCACUAGCCCGAUUUCGUGUUUCUUUAAGUGCAAUAGUUGUCUGGUGAGACAGGCAAACGGCCCAUCUAUGGAAGCAUACAUCCAUCCAAGCGUCCAUCUUUAGAGGGUUUACCGGCCGUUUUACGGAUCUCAGUCUGACGAGGGAGACCGCAUCCUCCGUGUGUGAUCUUUUAGAGAAAUUUUAUUACCUCAAUUGGCGUCUAAUUACUAAAUAUUAGAUUGAAUUUUUUAUUAAUAAAAUAUCUUUAAUUUAAGCAAAAUUAAAUAUCUUAAAAUUAAUUUUUAUAUUUUUCUUAAGACGAUUACAUCACACGAUUAGUUGUGAUAGAUAUUGAUUGAUAGAUGUAGUUGAAAUCAAGAAAAUAUUUGUAGGUGCCUCCUAAAAAUUACAGCUUAAGGAAAUUUAGAUUUAAAUUUCUUAAAUUAAAAAUAUCUUCAUAAUAUACGAAAUUCUACUAUUUUCUUGACUGUAAAUCAUAUUCGACUUAGUCCUAGACUACUUUGCACUUUCUCUAGAAACUGCGAACUUCAGAAGACAAAUCCCAAAAGGAGCGUUAUUUCUUGUUGCUCUCAUUUAGUAAAAAUAAUAGCACUAUUAUAGAGAAUCUAGAAUGUAAUAUCCCUAAUACCAGCCCUGCAUUUAAUAAAAACAAAUUACCUUACAGACAAGGUAGUAACGUUACAAAUGUAUAUGCGAGGAAUUAAUUGAUCAAAUCUUAUUAUCUCACCCUACUUCUUCUAAUAUAGAAAAUUGCAAAAUUCUAUAAAUUUUAAAGAUGUAAGUUUGUACUUGGUUUUUCAUUGGAACGGUUGCGGUAUACCCUGUGUAUUAUUUUAAAUGAAUACUUAUGGUCAAAUCCUUAAGCGGGGUAAAAAUCUCAAGUAGUCGACUGUAGAAGGUGGGCUUGUUUGUUAGGUGCCAUGCUAGUCAUAAAUGAAUAAUUUUAUUCAAUUAUAGCUGUACUCUUACACAUCAAAUUUACUGUUACUUAAGCUAUAAAUAUUGUUUAAUAUGUUUUUACAGGCCAGUAUUGUACGAAUACUUGUAUAACAUUGUUAUUAUAAUUUUAUUAACUAAUAAAAUAAACUUGUGUUUACUGAA